AUGAGCAGCAAGGUAUUUGCAACCUGGGUGGUUCUUGCUACAAGUACAUUCAUCUCACUCUCCACUCAGAGUUGUAUAACCAAGUGGUUUGACCGUGAUGACCCAAAUGGAAAUGGAGACUACGAGCUGUUGGCUGACCUUCUCAGUACAAACCCUGGAGAAAUAUGUCCGAGUCCAAUCGCAAUAGAGGCUCAGACCAUCUCCGGUCAACCAGCAUCUCAAAUCUUUCAAGUAUAUAAUCCGACAAGUGGGUUUGCUUGUGUAAACGCAAACCAAGCAGGAGUGCUUUGUGCUGAUUAUAAGGUGCGCUUCACCUGCCCAGAAGAUUGGUGUUCAAAAUGUAGGACACCCUGGUUUGACCGAGAUAAUCCCAGUGGACUGGGAGACUAUGAGACGCUGUCGUUGACCCUGAUAAAAUACCCACUACGGGUCUGCGCUCAGCCCAUCGCCAUUGAGGUCGCAACCAUUAGUGGGACUCCUGUACUGCCACCUGGAAACAAUUUUCAAGUAUAUGACCCGUUACAGGGCUUUGUGUGUGUGAAUGGGGCCUGUCAAGACUACAGGGUCCGCUUCACAUGUCCAUUGAGUUUCUGCAAAACAACGUGUGUAACCAGGUGGUUUGAUUCUGACAACCCUAAUACAAAUGGAGGCGAUUCUGAACUCUUGACUGUUCUUCUCAGUGUGUACCAUGGGUACAUCUGUCCGAAUCCACUUGGAAUUGAGGCUCAGACCAUCUCUGGCCAGCCAGCGUAUCAAACUGGAAACAUCUUUCAAGUUUAUAAUCCGACGUCUGGGUUUUCCUGUGUAAACCAAGGAGGAGUGCUUUGUGCUGAUUAUAAGGUGCGCUUCACCUGCCAAGAGGAUUGGUGUUCAAAAUGUAGGACACCCUGGUUUGACCGAGAUGACCCCAAUGGACUAGGAGACAAUGAGACGCUGUCGUUGACCCUGAUACAAUACCCACUACAGGUCUGCACUCAGCCCAUCGCCAUUGAGGUCGCGACCAUUAGUGGGACUCCGGUACUGCCACCUGGAAACAAUUUUCAAGUAUUUGAUCCACUACAGGGCUUUGAAUGCGUGAAUAAUCAGCAGGGAGGAGGGGUCUGUCAGGACUACAAGGUCCGCUACACAUGUCCGAAAAGUUUCUGUUGUAUAACUCAGUGGUUUGACCAUGAUGACCCUAAUGAUGGAAAUGGAGACAGUGAGCUCUUGGCUGACCUUCUAGGUGUAUAUCCUGAACAAAUAUGUCCAAAUCCAGUCGAUAUAUAUGUAGGGUCCGUCUCUGGCAUAUCAUCAUCUCAAACCUUUCAAGUAUAUGAUCCAGCAAUUGGGUUUGAGUGCAUCAAUUCAUAUCAAGUAGGAGGGUUAUGUGACGAUUAUAAGGUGCGCUUCAACUGCCCAGAUGAAUGGUGUUCAAAAUGUAGGACACGCUGGUUUAACCAAGGUAAACCCACUAAAUUUGGACAGUCUGAGUAUCUGCAGUCAAUCCUGUUGGCAUACCCACUACAGGUCUGCGUUGAGCCCAUCGCCAUUGAGGUGACAACCAAUGAAGGGAUCUCUUUACAGUAUGUAAUCUGA